AUGAAAUCAAAUACAUUAAGUAUUAUCUCUCUAUUAACAUUUUUUAUACACUUGGUCUUUGGCGAUUGGCAGUAUCGAUCGCGGCCAGAUUUAGCUCCUCCGAAGUUGAAUAUUACAAUCUUCCCAGAUGACGAUAUUUCUCCAGGUUAUUUAUUCCUUGCUCCAUUUAGUGGAUAUGCAGAUAUUGAUACCUUUCACGGACCUCGUCAGGCUGCACCCUAUAUAUUUAACAGUGAAGGGGAAUUGGUUUGGUCCGGUUUUAGCUAUUUUUCUAUAUGGGCAACAAAUUUCCAAGCCGGUAAACUCAAUGGAAAUGAUAUCCUAUUUUCAUUUGAAGGAUCUCAUAAUCCACGUUAUGGACACGGGCAUGGACAUAUAACAUUCCUAAACCAGAAUUACGAAACUAUUAAAGAAUUAAGAGCCGGAAAUCAUAAAAUUAUUGAUAAACAUGAAUUUCACAUAAUUAACGAAACAACAGGACUAGUACAGAUUUAUCAGCCAGUACCUAAGGAUUUGACACCAUAUGGUGCUUCUGCUCAACAGCAAUGGGUUGUAGAUGCCAUCUUUCAGGAAUUAGAUAUAAAUACUGGUGAGGUCAUAUUUGAAUGGUCUUCGUUGGAGCAUGUUUCGCCGGAUGAGUCAGUAUUACCAAUUAAUCAAGGACAAGCCGGAUCAGGAUACAAUUCAAGUGAUGCUUGGGACUAUUUUCACAUUAAUUCGGUAGAUAAAGACCAGAAUGGUGAUUACUUAAUUUCCGCGAGAGAUGCUGCCUCAUUAUAUAAGAUAGAUGGCAAUACUGGAGAAAUUCUUUGGAAAUUAGGAGGUUUACCAGGAAUUACAAGCUCUGAUUUUGAAAGUGAAAAAAAUUUGACAUUUUCUUUUCAACAUCAUGCUAGGUACUUAUCAACUUCUGAUGAUGGGACUAAGCAGUUAAUAUCAUUCUAUGACAAUUCAGCCCAUGGAUCGGAAAACAAAAACGGUGGUGUGGUCAAAUAUAAUGAACACUCCAGUGGGAAAAUUAUAGAAGUCGAUACAAAAGACUGGUAUGCAAAAUUAAUCUUUAACGGGGUAUCUCCAGAUAAUUUGUUAUCAAAAUCACAAGGUUCUACACAGGUGUUAUCAAACGGAAACGUUCUAGUGAACUGGGGUUCAGAGGGUGCAAUCACGGAAUUUAAAGAUGAAAGACCAAUAUUCAAUGCGUUUGUUGAUUCAGGAGAAUUGGGACUUCAUGCCGAAAACUACCGUGCUUUCAAAUCAAACUGGACUGGGAAACCAAAUGAAAAAAUUGCCGUGUUAGGUGAAUACACAAAUGAUGGAUCUACAAAUAUAUAUGUCAGCUGGAAUGGGGAUACUGAAACGAAGAAAUGGAAAUUUUAUUCAGUCGAACAUAAUGGUUCUAGAAGAUUUAUUGGAGAAAGCCCAAGAAAGGGGUUCGAGAGCCUCAAAACAUUUGACGCAAAGUUUGCAAGAGUCUUGGUGGAGGCUUACGACUCUGAAGAAGUUUUAUUAUCUACAUCUGAUCCUGUUUAUACAGAGGCCCAAAUUUUGGCAGUAGAAAGUAGUAAAGAACAUCCUGAAUACGUAUGUGGGGAGUAUCAAACAUAUUUUUCCAGAAUCAUUGCAAGGCUAACUUCUAUAGCAAUUUAA